AUCCAUCCACUUUGGCCUCCCAAAGUGCUGAGACUAUAGGUGUGGGCCAUUGCACCUAGCCUUCAAGCUAUUUUCUUGUAAACAGCAUUUAUUUAGGCCAUUUACAUUUAAUGUAAUCACUUAUAUGCUAAGGCUGAUGCGUGUCAUUUUAUUUUUUGUUUUCUUUGAUUCUUUUUUCUUUUCUCCAGCUUCUAGUGAGUUCCUGAACAGUUUUUUAGAAUUCCAUUUUGAUUUAUCUGUAGUGUUUUUGAGUAUAUUACUUUGUAUAGCUUUUUUAUAGGUUGUUCUAGGUAUUACAACAUACAUAAUUUAUCAGAGUCUACUGGUUUCAACACUCUACCAGUUACUUCCCUUUACAACCCUUUCUCCUUUCCCAUUUAUAGGAUAAUUGCUUAAAUAUUUUAUCUACAUACACUGAGAACAGAAUUAGACAGCGUUAUAGUUUUUGCUUUGAGUGUCAAACGUAAUUUAGAAAACUCUAGAGGAAAAGAAGAGUCUAUUGUAUUUACCCAUAGGUUUGCUCUUCCAGAGGCAGAGGGUGGCAAUGGAGGGUAAGCCUCUGUCACCAGAGACUUUACUGUACUUUCCCUUUUACUGUCAGAUGCUACCAGAGUCCCUGAAGAGGGAAGAUGUGAGGAAACAGAUGCUGCCAGGGUCCCUGAAGAGGGAAGACACGCGGAAAGAGGUAAAAACCAUUUUGCUUUUAUUUUGCAUUCAACAAGCAAAUUAUUAUGGAACAGCAGUUAUAGGCCAGGCAUACCUCCCAGAGCUGGGAAUACAGUGGGGACCUCCCUGGCUCUCUCUUACCUGUGUUACAACAGGUUGUAGACAGACCCCUGUCUUGAGCAUCCUCCUUGUCAGGCCUGUUGAGUCUUCUGAGAGUAGGGUAGGUUACUGGAUGCCUAGGAGGGAAGAAGGAGCCAGGGAGGCCGGCCCCAAGGUUCUGCAAGGCCCUCAACAGGCCUGGACUGAGGAGGUCUGGACAGCAUGGCCCUGUCCUGAGCCUCUGUGCAUAAUAACUGCUGUCCCUAACCUCCACCCCACCCUCAGCCUUCCAAUUCCCGGGCCUGGGGCCCUACUCCUGUGCUCCAGAGACUCCUGGAGCUCCUUGAGGCAGCACACAGCCCUGCUCUGGAGACACUCAUAUCCCACUCAUGCUGGGAUGCUCCAGCCCGGCCCAGAGCAGGCUGUGGCUGGAGGGUGCCGGCAGAGGAGGGACGAUGGCCCGGCUCCUGGAGGCAAGUGUUGGCUGCAGGAAAAGAGUCUAUUCCGUCCCACAGCCCUUGUUACCCCUUAGGUAACCUUAAGGGGAUUUCAGAGAACACUGGUCCUGCAACCCUGCAAAGUUUUUUAUGGAACAUGUAAAAUAGAUCCCAUGGUCAAAGAAGUAUGGACAAUGUAUUAUGCUAUACUCUAAUCUCCAUAUCUAGAGAUUAAUGGUGUAGAUAGAGUUUCCUAAAAGGUUUUUAAAGCCCUGCAGUAAAGAAUCUUACUUAAGCCAGGUGCGGUGGCUCACGCCUGUAAACGCAACACUUUGGGAGGUCAAGUUGGGGGGAUCACCUGAGGUC